AUGCCGUCCAAAAAAGCCAAGCAGACCCCGCUGGGGGCGCUGGAAAGCAAGCCGGCCAACAAGUUGAAGCGACAGAUGCUUCACAUCAAGCGAAAACAGACCAAAGACAAGCUAUCGCGAGAGGAACGAUUCGCCCGGAAGAAGGAAGAAGCUAAAAAUCCCAGGCUAAAGGCAGAGCGACUGAAGCGCAAUAUACCGUUGACCCUAGAGCGGAAGAGAACAUGGGAUGAUGUGGGUAGUGACGUGGAGGACGGGCUGGGUCUGGCCUUUGAUGUGGAAAGAAUAAAACGGAGGAAACAGGAAGAAGAGGAAUCAGAACAGGCUACAGCCGAUGCGGAACCUUCAGAGGGACUCGAGGAUAACGGGGAGCAGGAUGAAGUGGACAGCAUGCUUGAUUCGGAUAGCGACAACGACGAAGAUCGAAAGCGUGAGCCCAAGAAAUCGAAAUUACGCUCUGCAACAGAGCGUGCUACAAGUCCGACGCAAUCUACGAGAAGUACAAAUCUCGAUUUAACGCCAGAAUCUCUGGCUGCCAAAUUCCCUAGCUUAUUCCCAGACGAAGCGCCGCCCGCCCCGAAAAUCCUCAUCACCACGUCGCUCAAUUCUACCCUACACAGCCAAGCAGCCAUCCUGACCGAAUUCUUCCCCAACAGCAUUUAUAUCCGCCGUUCCGCUCACCGUUAUAGCCACAAGUUCUCAGUCAGAGAAAUUGCCAAGUUCGCUGCGAAUAGGGAUUAUACUGCAGUGGUGGUCGUCGAGGAGGAUCAGAAACGAGUGUCCGGACUGACAGUGGUGCAUUUGCCAGUGGGACCGACCUUCCACUUCUCCGUGAGCAAUUGGAUUGAGGGCAAGAAACUCCCUGGUCACGGAAACCCUACAGGCCACUGGCCAGAAUUGAUCCUGAACAACUUUCGAACUCCGCUAGGCUUACUCACGGCCCACCUAUUUCGCACCCUUUUCCCACCCCAACCGGACCUGAUUGGGCGGCAGGUUGUCACAUUGCACAACCAGCGAGAUUACAUCUUUGUACGAAGACACCGAUAUGUAUUCCGGGACAAGAGGGAGACGGAGAAGAGCGUCGUGGAUGCCGACGGCAAUGAAAUCAAAGGCGUCGAAGGCAUCCGCGCCGGCCUACAGGAGCUGGGCCCACGAUUCACGCUGAAACUGAGACGCGUAGACAAAGGGAUACAGAGGAGUAGCGGGCAGGAAUGGGAAUGGAAAGGUCGCAUGGAGAAACAGCGGACAAAGUUCCAGAUAUAA